UGGAGUGUUUCAAGUCGCCACGCCAUCGCCGGGUCCCGUGACAUCUCCACCGACGAACCACGUGAACCCCAGGAACAGAAUGGAGCCCAGUUGUGUCGACAUGGAGUUGGAAUGGGAUAUAGUCCUCUCCACACUGCAGGAACUGUUGGGUGACCUGUCGCCUGUCGGUGAAACCAAAGUGCCAUGUGGUGGUGACCAACCGGCGCACACUGGUGGUCUGGCAUCUGUCGGGCUGCAGGAAAGUCACCCGCCACAUGUGACUGGAGGUGGGCUUGGAGCGCUGGGUUCCAGAACCGAUGUGGUGCAGCAAGGCGGAUGCUACUUGCCAGUCGUCACAGUGGAGCCCGGAUGCUACCAAAACUGCCUCCCACCUAAUGUGGGAUACAGGCCGGACUGUGGUGGUCGACUGGCUGAACGCCAGAAGAACUUCUGGCCAGUAAAGGAUUCAGUCAACAGUGGCGCUCAUAGUUACCUCGGAGCUACGAAUGGAACGGGAGUGUUUCAAGUCGCCACGCCAUCGCCCCGUCCCGAGACGUCUCCACCAAGGAACCACGUGGACCCGAGCGAGCCUACAAAGCACAAUGGCCCCUAUAUCCGAAGGCCACCCAACGCCUUCAUGAUUUUUAUGAGGGAGAACAGGGAACAUGUCACAGCCACAUUCAACCCAAAACACAGUGUUGAAGCCAACAGCAUCCUGGGACAUAUGUGGAAGUCCAUGACGUCGGAGCAGCAGCACAGGUAUUACCUGCUGGCCGCAGAAGAGAGGCGGAAACAUGAAGAGCGCCACCCCAAUUGGUCCAGCAAAGACAAUUAUGGAAGGAAAGUCAAAAGAAAAAGGACCAAAGCGAAGGCGGCCUAAGCUGAGGAAGGCGCCACCCCAACUUUACACAUUCCACACUCCCUUGUAAAUAACUGUAAUAAAGUUUAAUUGUUGC